AUGUCACGACGAUUAUUCAAUGCAGGCUUUUCUAGCUCAACAUAUGUUAUUACAAGAACACUUGCAUCAAAAGUUGCGGUACAAGAUUUAAAAAUUUUAGGCGUUGGUGCAGGUAACAAACCAGUGGCAGACGCACAAAAGCAGUUAGCAUCAUUAGGAUAUAAACAAACAAAAAUUUUCGGUAUUUAUAAUACAAAAAAAAGUGAUCAAGAAUUUAUCAAUGCAUUAAAAGAAAAACAAUGGGAUGUAGUGGCUCUUGGCGGUUAUGUCAAUGGUUUUGACCAAGCACCGAAGUAUCAUGAAGAAGCACCUAACGCAAAAAUUGUACUUCUAAAAGGACCGCAAGACCUUCCUGAUGCUCUCGAAAGAGUUGUGAAUCAAGAAAAAAACUAA